CCGGGAGGUUGUCUGGAUAAAAAGUUUGCGGUGGUGAUCUGAGCUAAGUUAAGACAAGAGGGGGACAUUAUUGUGAAUCUGUAUCCGUGCGAGUAUGACCGACGCAGAAGAGCAGAGCGCCCCAUCGUCGGCACCAGUGGAAGAACCGCCACAGCUGGAGAGAAAAAUUUUAGCCUCUGCAGUCCAAGGCACGGUGAAAUGGUUCAACGUGCGCAAUGGCUAUGGCUUUAUCAACAGAAACGACACCAAAGAAGAUGUCUUUGUUCAUCAGACUGCCAUCAAGAACAACAACCCCAGGAAGUUCCUUCGCAGUGUUGGAGAUGGGGAGGUGGUGGAGUUUGAUGUGGUCGAGGCCGCCAAGGUAGGUAAACCUGGCUCUGAGGCAGCCAACGUGACCGGGCCUAGCGGGGUUCCUGUGAAAGGCAGCCGCUAUGCGCCCAACAAACGUCGCUUCCGCCGCCGCCGCACCUCCCCUCACAGCCCUCAGCCCGAUGAUAAGGGUGACGGCACCUCUGUCCCCACCUCGGAAGGGGAAGGGGAGAAUGGUGGUGAACGACCCGCACCGCGACGACGCAGGCCCCGCCGACCCAGGCGGGAAGGACGAGAGGGUGAGUCAGGGGAACAGGAGGGAGCAGUGGAAGGCGACCAGCAGAGGCCACCACCACGCAGGUUCAGGCCCCAGUACCGCAGGCCAUUCCGUCCUCGCCUACCCCCUGCGGAGGGUAAGCAGGAUGGCAGCGCCCCCACCGAGAGGCAGGAAGGCCAGGCAGCGGACGGACAGAAAGAGGUGGAGGCCCAGGAGGUCCAGCAGACAAACGGGAAGCAGGCCAAUGAAGAUGGCCAGAAACCCCGCCGACAGUUCAGCCGCCGCAGGCAGAGGAACUCUGAGUCGAACACUGUCUCUAAAGAUGGGACAGAGAAGCCAGCCUUGGGGCCUAGUACCACCCCUCAGACCUCCAAGCCAGCUGACGUCAAGGCCUCCCCCAAGUCUUCCCCUAAAGGCUCCCCCAAGAUGUCCCCCAAGUCCUCUCCCAAAACCAUCCACCAAUCACCAGAGGCACCUGCCACGACAGUUCCCGUGGCGGCAGAAUGACGCCUCUGAGCAGAUGGUGUCACGUGACCCCAGGCAAGCGGUGCGACUCCACGCUAAACUGAUGCAACCUUUCAGGGGUUGGGUGGAGGAGGGGUUUGGGUUACGCCUAUUGCACUACUACAUUGCACUACAAAACCGC